AAACAACCGUUUUUCAAAUAAAUUUUACGGUGAAAUAUUCCAAAAACUAAAAUAAUUUUUUAAGGUUUGUUUUGAUUUCAAUAAAAACAAAGCCGAACAUGUGUGAACGCAGUAGUCAACGUCAAAAUGAAAUAUUAGGUUAUGUCAAAAAAUUUAUAUGUCGACAAAAUUAAACAAACCGUAUUUAGUUAUAAAUAAACGUUAUAUUUAAUAAGUAAACACAAGUUAGGCACGAGAUAUAACCAAAAAUAAGACUAAAAUGCAAGAAAACCUAGAAACGGAGCAAAAAUUGUUAACAAAUGGAGACUCAAAAGAAAAACCGAAAAGUAAAGAGAAAACCUCAGGUUUAAUGAAAGUAUCGAGUUAUUUUUUGGCGUUACGACCGUGGUCGUUAAGCGCAAGUUUAAUGCCUACUCUACUGGGCUCAACAAUUGCAUAUAAAUACCCAGGUUCGCAAGACUUCAAUUACUUGACUCUCCUGCUUACAAUGUUCACUGUGGUGUCUGUACAUGGGGCCGGAAACGUGGUGAAUACGUAUUUUGACUUUGUUAAAGGAAUAGACAAUAGAAAAUCUGAUGACAGGAUUCUGGUGGAUCACAUUCUAUCAAAAGACGAAGUUGUAUCGCUGGGAGCAUUGCUCUAUUUUGCUGGAUGCAUUGGGUUUAUAUUGCUGGCAAUUUUAUCACCCGCCAAAAUGGAGCAUCUGGCUUUGGUGUACUUUGGAGGACUUUCGUCGAGUUUCUUGUAUACAGGAGGUAUAGGUUUUAAGUAUAUAGCAUUAGGUGAUGUCCUUAUUUUAAUUAUUUUCGGACCUAUUUCUGUGUUAUUUGCAUUUAUGUCGCAGACUGGUCAUGUAGAGUGGUCCACUAUGUAUUACGCAAUUCCCUUAGCUUUAAAUACAGAAGCGAUUUUGCAUAGUAAUAAUACAAGAGAUUCAAGUGCAGAUAAAAAAGUCGGCAUUGUUACUUUGGCUAUUUUAAUAGGUCAUACAGCCUCACACGUGUUGUACGCCUUUUUAUUAUUUACACCAUACAUUAUGUUUUUUGUUGCUUCUCUUAAAUACUCAAAAUGGUUUGUUUUACCUUUGGUAACCCUUCCUGGUGCUUUUAAAAUCGAAAAACAAUUCAGAUCAAAAGAUAUACAAAGUGUGCCUAAAAAAACUGCAAAACUGAAUUUAUUUUUUGGGGUUUUGUACGUUUUGGCAUGCAGUUUGGUACCUUCUUUACCAUAUAUAACGAAAAGAUAGAUAUAUGAAGGCUUGUUACUAGUACUAAUUGUAACUAAAUUAUUUUUUACUGUUCUAAAUAAUUUUAUACAAUUCUCAUGAUAGCUCAUUCACUUUAGCCAAUUAUUAAAGGAAUAUGGCAAAUAUUGGCAUUUUUAUAUUUUUAGAUAGGUUUGUUUUACUGGUU